AUGCUCUACCACGCCCCGCCCCUUCUUCGUCUACGCCGGUGCCGGGGCCCUUCUUCUUCCAUGCGACGCGGGGAGGCCGAGCUCGGCAUGGUCGCUGCGGAGGCCGGCGACAGCCACAAGGAGGCUGCGGCGGAAUCACCGUCGCCAGGAAUCCCGUCGCCGGCAGGUUACUCCACCCAGGGCAAGAAAGACCCGCAACCCUCCGUCGAGGGCAAGAUCCCGUCGUCGUCAACCGCAGCCCCCGCGCUGAGCCCUCCCUUCUCCCCUGUACGGUUUUGCGGCCGCCUUGGCGCCGCCGCCGAGCACCCACACGUCACGCUGUGGGAGUGGUGGCUGGUGAGGCUGAAAGGGGAAGAGCGGAAGCUCGCUGUUUCCGGCUUCACUAAAAAGAAUGACCUAUUCACUUCUGCACCCAUAGCACAGCGUUAUGAGUCUCUCACGCUCCAAGAUGAAGAUGGGGUUGUGGUGCUCUUUCAUGGUUCAUUUAGCUUAUUGCGAAUGCGUGAGAAUGGGUUUUCUGCGCAGUAUAUCGGUGAAUUCUCCAUUCAGCUUUCUAAAGAUCUGUUUUCACAGAUGCGUGCUGCUGUGAGGCAUGUCGCAUCACUUUUCCCGACUGCAAUCAUUAGCGGAAGAUCUCGUGACAAGGUAUUUGACUUUGUGAAACUAACUGAACUGUACUAUGCUGGAAGUCAUGGAAUGGACAUCAUGGGGCCUAUUAGGAAGUCUGAGUCCAAUGGCCACCAUGUGGAAUGUGUUAGGUCCACUGAUUCAGAGGGUAAAGAGGUCAAUCUCUUCCAACCUGCAAGUGAGUUUUUACCUAUGAUAGCUGAGGUGUUCGAAAAUCUUAGCGAGAGUAUAAAGGACAUCGAUGGUGCAAGGAUGGAAGAUAACAAGUUCUGUGUGUCUGUGCAUUACCGGAACGUUGCACCACAUGACUAUGAAACAGUUCAUCAGCGUGUAACUGCUGUUCUGAAGGACUACCCUUGUCUUAGGCUUACCCAUGGGAGGAAGGUUCUUGAAGUUUGCCCUGUCAUUGACUGGAACAAGGGGAAAGUUGUGGAAUUUUUGCUUGAAUCACUUGGACUAAGCGAGAGUGACGAUGUUCUUCCCAUCUAUGUUGGAGAUGACAAGACUGACGAAGAUGCAUUCAAGGUUCUGAAGGCAAACAACCAUGGCUUUGGAAUUCUGGUUUCAUGUGUGCCCAAGGACAAUGAUGCCUUCUACUCCCUGAGGGAUCCAUCUGAGGAGAAGGAGGUACCGAAAGGGGAUGGGAGCAACAAGUUUGGUUCGAAAGAGUUCCAUGUGAAGUGA